AUGGCGGUACAGAAAAAAACUUUCAACAGAGUCUCUAAAAACUCUCAAAAGGCUAAGUCACAAGCUGCAAAGCUACUCAAUGGACUUGACCUCCAAAAAUUGGCCGCAGGUGUCAAGAAACAGAAGAACCUCGUGUUGGAAGUACUCUUUGUGGCUAAGCACAGUGUUGGCCCGGGAGUUAUGUGUGGUUCUGGAGAAACUCCCGAAGGAAAAGCCGCCCGCCUUGCCGCCGCCAUCUCCGGAGCCCUAAGAACGCUCCUCCCCGGAGACAUUUGGGACAAGAUUCUUCCGAAGAUUGUCGACACCAGUGGCGAUCGGGUGUGUUACGAUGACCUCGGGUGUUUUUCGGCCACCGACGGACUGACUGUGCCCGUGUCCUUCCCGAGCAGCCCGGAGUCAGUGAACACGCAGUUUGAACUAUACUCCCGAAGCAACACCCAAGAUGCGGUUCUUCUAGAUUACAAGCCUGGAUCGGUGAACGAGGCUUUGGUUCAAUUUAAAGAAAGAAAACCCCUUAAAUUUUGGGUUCCUGGUUGGAUGGACCCAGCCUUCAUACGUCUGCCGGCGAUAAAAGCGCUGCUGGAAAAGGAAGACGUGAAUGUGAUUCUUGUUAACUGGAAUGGCGGCUCUUUUAAGAUAAACUACUUUCAAUCGGCUGGAGACACUGCCCUUGUGGGGAGACAGAUGUCUGUGCUCGUACAGAACCUCAUGAGCGUUUUCCCGGACACAGUGAAUGCUUUGGAUAUACAUGUCAUUGGCGACAGUUUAGGAGCUCAAGCCCUUGGGUUUUUUGCAAAGCACUUGAAGAAAUGCACUGGGCAGAUCAUAGGAAGAAUUUCAGCCAAUGAGCCCGCGGCACCUUUGUUCGAAGACACCGGGGUUUUCGUAUCGUACAAGGACGCAAAGUUUGUGGACGCCAUUCACACCACCGGAGGUGAUAUGUUCCCCAUCAGAGAGAUCGGCAUGUUUCAACCAAUCGGACAUGUUGACUUCUACCCCAACAACGCCAAGAGGCAGCCAGGCUGUGUUUUGCCCAACUUUUCCUGCGGCCAUGCCCAUGGAUCCUUUUACUUCCAAGCGUCAAUCACAAACACGGACUGUCGCUUCACGUCAACGCCUUGCGCCGGUGGAAUCACCGCAGUACAGCAAGGGAAUUGCGGAUCUGGCACUGGGGGCAACGGGGAGAUGGGCUACUACAGCAUCAACGCGACCGGACGCGGAAUACAGACGCUGAAGACCAAAGCGCUACCUGGUUAUUGCAUCACCGAGGAGUAG